GGAUAUUUGACUGCGUGAAUCUAUUGUCACGUGGGUUGCUUAAGCGCCGAGCUACAUCUACAGUUUGUAGAUGACGCUUACAGUGAAAGACAGCAAACUUCGAAAUGAAAAAACUGAUAUUCUGUAUCGUCUUUAUUGCUGCAGUGAAUGGCCAAGACCCAUGUACAUAUGCGAAGUCUUUUCCUGACACUAACAAAAGAUCUCCAACAUAUGCUUUGAAAGCAGGUGAAACACCUAUUUCUGACCAAUACAUAGAAGAGGGGUGGUAUGGAGAAUUGGGUGUUGAACUACACAGCGAAAACAGUCCAGGUCCAAACAAAUGUGGUACAGUUUAUCCUGUAUAUCUGAAAGAUAAUGUUACAGAAUCAGAUAAUGAACAGGAUGUUAAUCUAUGUAUCCAUGUUUCGAAUGAAUGUGAUUUGGAGUUUACAACAAAAAUGAAACGCUGUGAAUUUAUCACUGUUUAUUAUUUAAAGAGACUCCCGCUUGCGUCUGCAGGUUAUUGUGCAGGUUUGCUAGGAAAUAAAAGUGAUUAUCCCGAUUACAAGACAGCAAAUAUAAACGUUACAGUGGACAUAAAUUAUAUCUCACCAACUGACCAGCCUUUCCUAUUUUACUGUGACUUUAAACAAUCUACUGAAAUAUUGUGGUAUACUGUAUUUUGGUAUGUCGACGAUCGAGUAAUAGCAAAAUCCAACUCAAGUAUAGGGUCACCUACUGUAAUAAACGAAACCAAGCUGGAAGAACAAACCCUUAAAGCUAAAGGGAUAACAUCAGUUGGCUUUAAGGUGAAGUGUGCCGUGAGAGCCAGCUUUGAGCAUGAUGGACCACUGUGUUUAUCAUCCAUUAGUGAAGCUACAUUUAUCGGUUUGGAGAUUCUAACGCCGUUAAUAACCAUUGGUCCUAACCAAAAGGAUUCAAUCAGACUUCGACCAACUGCACCUAUUUGCCAUUCAAAUGAAGCAAAUUGUCAGCUAAAUGUAGAGAUUAACUAUCCAAAAGUAGAUAAAUGUGAUGACCGGGCAAUGUUUGGGCACAGUAACUGUAUUUUAGAUAUUACUGGUACAGAAUGGGAUCAAGUAUUUGAAAUGGAAGUACAAUUAUCCCCUGCUCAAAUCUAUGUUGACAGAUCAUUUAUCCAUUAUAUAAAAUUAAGAACAGUGGCUUUGUUUCCACCUCACCGUAUUUGGGGGAACAGUAGUAUUGGUGAUAUACAGAUUCAUCUUGUACCCGAUACACGUUCAAUUGAAACCAAAAUGUGCAAGGCCGAAACUGAUCCGCAUAUGUUCACAAGUGAAAGCAACUAUUAUGAGCACAGGCGCGAAGGGGUUUUUACUUUAUACGAGAAUAAAGAGUGGCUACAAGAGGUUCAGAUUCAAACAAAAUCGUGUAAUGGUGAAGCGUAUUGUAGCUGUGGCACGGCAAUUAGAGCUGGAAAAGCCGUCUACAUCCUGAAUCACUGUGAGGGUAGUUGGGAAAUAAACUAUAGGCAUUGUGAUGACAGAAAAUAUUUACUUGAUGUCAAAAAAAAAGAUGAUAAGACCUAUACGAUUGUACUUCCAAGUUCAACGUUAAUAACAGUCAACCUGAUAAAUAGACAUGGUGGGAAUUUUACAAAUGUAUUCAUAACACCAUCGUAUGCUGAUGUGAACAUUUCCCGCGGUUUGUGUGGAAAUGUUAAUCACUAUAAAUAUAACCCUAACGCAAAUGAAAGAAUACUUCGAAAUGGGGAAGCUUCAAGGACCACUAGAGAAUUCUCAAUGUCAUGGAAAGUUACAGGUAACAUUACAGAUCUGUUUAGCGAUGAUUUAGAUAAUCUCACUUCUCUCAACUACCAAGACUUUUACUGUAAUUGUAAUCCUAACGAAGAUGAUACAAAUGAUGCAACAAAUGAUGUAACGUGUAGGCGAAACUGUGGUGCCGCUUUUAAGAAUCACACUACCAUAAGGGAGUGUUCCACAAAGCUGUCUGUAAAGGAAUACCGAUUUCGCCGUGAAGUAAAACAUAGGAUUGUACGGAGUGUCGAAGAUAUGUGGAGAAGCGGUUGGACAGAAGAAAGGGCCAUAUCAUAUUGUACAGAGCUGUUUAAGAAUUCUUCAGCUGUACAGAUUUGUAAAGAUAUACCAACGGUUGACUUAAAUGGUCCAAUGAACAACUGUAUCGCAGAUAUUAAAUCUAUGGGAGAUGCUAGAUGUUCACCCAUAGCUGUAGAAUCAGUAAAGACCCAAUGCUAUCAUGAGGUUGAAUUUAAUACAACUUUACAAGAAGAAACUGAACCAGGAAAACCUUCUGUAUUUAAUCAAGUUAAACGUGUAGCUUGUCCAUAUGAAUGUUCAAACAAAGGCGAUUGUGUUGAAGGAAUAUGUAUAUGUGAGAAGAAUUAUGGUGGUAGUGAUUGUUCAGUGAAUAUCAGCGACCCACCUGUAAUGGAAUAUCUCUCAGAAGAUGGAUAUUGUGAUUUAUCAGAUGAUGAAUGUUCUGAAGUUUCUGUUUUUGGUGGAAUUUUCGUAGAAACUGAAAAUACAUCUUGUAAAAUCAAUUAUAUUCAGAUGAUUGAAAACAACACAGUCCAGAAUGAAGAGGAAACAAUUCACAGGCCGGAUGUGGAAAGUAUCAGUGAAGCAAUUUGUUUCCUACCAAAUCAUAGCAAUCGGCGGGAAACGGAGAAACCAGAAAAUGAAUUUGUGAAAGUUUACAAAAUAUCUGUAGCUAAUAAUGGUAUAGCUUACAGUGAUGAAGGUCUGAUGGUUAUUUUUAACUCUAGAUGUCAAUACUGUACAAUAAAUGGUCUAGAUGUCAAUUGUUCCUUUACAGGUGAUUUCUGUAUGUCUGGAGGGGUUUGUUAUGAAAAUGGUGAACCACAUGCUAGCCAUAAAUGUUAUGUUUGUUCCGUCAACAACGGUUCUAGAUCGUGGAACUAUUCAACAGUAAACGAAGAGUAACAGCUUCUCCUCAAUUUGCAAAGACUGGUAUCUGGCUAGUAAAAUUUGCUAACAAAAAGCCAUAACCCGAAACCAAAUGCACCGGAAAGGUUAUCUUUUGAUUAUCAUAAAGUAGGGUAUUCUGCAGAAUAACCAAAAAGCAAAAGUAUCCAAAGAAGGCUUCAUCUUGCUUUAACUCCGUACCAGUCAUCAAUGCUUCAACGUAAUACUUUACAGGUUUCGUCACUAAGUUCAAAACCCCUCAGAUUCAACGUUAGAAAAAAAUAUCGCAAAUACCAAGUCUCGCUAUUUCCAACUGAAAUGCCUUCCUGUGAUAACCAAGUUGCAAGGUUCAAGAUUCGCUCAAUGUCAAAGUUGCUGGAACUAAUUCACUUCUGUUCUUCCAUUAAGCUAUGAAGUAUGCGUGUGUUUGGUUUUUGUUUUCCUUAAGUUUUUCAACAUACAGCGUUAUGUGUUUGUAUCACGACCUCUGGUUUGGGAAUGUUAUUAUUCACAUGGCUGCGGUAAAGGGAGAUAGCGUACUUAAAAGCUUGGGAUUUUCAGACCAAUCUAGCAACGGCUAGAUGUUGUAAUACUCGCCGUCGUGUUCUGACAUGAAAUGUUAGUGAUACUAGAAAUAAAUAUAAGAACUAUGAGGGGAAUUUUGCCCGGACAGCAGCGUUACGGCCUACUUUUUCGAAAUCCAACCGUCAAUGGUUCUUUCACGUGCACGCCAAUAUGCACAUGAAGCCUCUUUUUGCGUGCGAUCCGACAACACAGACUAGGGGGGAACAUUCAAUUUAACUCACGGCCUCCAGUUUAGCGAGCCAACGUCUUACUCACUGAGCCACGAUAGGUACCAAGGAACAUCGAAGCAUGAUGUAGCGGUACUACUAAAACAAUUAGUUCAGAUGUUGGGUGGGGGUGAAAUGUCCCACAAAUUUACGGUGAGGGUUAUGCCGGGCCUGCGGACUGUGAGCGUGGCAUCUAGAAAGUAGUCCAAUAUAGCCAUAUUAAUGUUUGUAUGUAUAUCUUAAGAAUCAAAGGAUCUGUUUUGGUGUGCAUCAGACCGCAACUUCUUAGGUUAUGGACCUUGUACAAAAUGUGAACUUGUACAGGGUUUCUGGACCAACUGGAGCCCCCAAUUGCUCAGAUUAUGAAGUAACCUAACAUAUGUUAAAGAUCACAAGAUCUUGAAGGAGUUUGAUUUAAGUCUGUAUUAGACUGCACUUUCUUAGGUUGUGGUCAUUGUCCGAUUUCAAUGACACUUGUUGCCAUGGAAAUAAUGAUAUCAACCAACACAUUUUGUGAGGUUUUGGUCAUAUAUAUUCUGUUCUAUCUUGAUUCCUACCCCCGUUAGCAUUAUGUAUCAGUGGAUAUCCAAAGAAAUGAUCGUAAAAUCGUAUCUUCGUGUACUGGCCGUCAUAUUUAUAUUAUUAAUGCAUUCUAAUGACGCUAUUUUUGCGUUAUGACAUCAAAAUGACGUCACAGACAUGAUUUGACUCCAUCUUCGAAUUAUUUGGAUACAUGUUUCUAACUGUCCAUAAUACGAUUUGUCCGUUAUUUGAAUAUUAAAUUCAAAUUGACGGCCAUCUUGAAUUUAUGUCCAAUUUUUGAAGACUUUAGUUUUUACAUGCUGAAUACCCAAAUGAAUGUUAAUCAAAAAAUAACCUUUGCGGCGCAAUGUCUUCUUUGUGCUUUUCUAUAUUUACCAGCCUAUAUAACCAGACCACUGCCCUACAAUAAUAAUAAUAAUAAUAAUAAUUGUCUUAUAUGGCGCUACAUUAUAUACAUUGUGUGGAAAGUAUCUUUAGAGUAUAUAAAUUUAUGAUCACACCACUAGUACAUCUUAUUAAAUAGAUAAUUGGAACCGAAUGCACUUACAAUUGUUAUUUUAUUAUAUUUUAUUCAUUAUAUGUACAUGUACUCAAACAUUGUUUGUGGGAAAAAAAUGUUAUUGUAUUAUACUUUAUCAAUUAUAUUUUAUUAAUUAUCUGUGCAUAAUUAAUGUUUAUUAACUCUACCUGAAAAGAAUGAAAUAUAUUAAAGAUGUAAUCAAGUUGUAAGUUACUGAAAGUGGGGUUACUGUUUAAUUCAGUUAAAUAAUAAAGAUUUGGUUAAAGAAGUUUCUUGAAAAUUGGGUUUAAUUUCACUGUUAACUAUUAACAUUAGUUUAAUUUAAGUAAACAUUUGUAUGGCUCGGGCAACUUUUAGUUUUGAUAAAAAAAAAGCGAGAUUAAAUUUUAAAAAAUAAGAUCAUGUUUGAGUUGAGCCAUUUUGGCCAAUCUGGUCCAUCUACCAACGCCAAAUCAAAUCAUCCCUCUUCGAGUUUAGUCGGUAAUGUCAAAAAAAUAAUCCAGCCAAAUUGCAUUGACUUCGUUCGUUUCAUAUUGUUAAUAUAGGCUCCGAUCUCCAACAAAUUUUAAUUGAUUUAUAGUAUGAUUUUUCUCUUCAUAUUUUCAUAACUUUUAAUGUUUAACUUUUUAAAUAACUAUAUAUUUAGAUACAUGUUUUCAUAAGUUUUGUUAAUAUAGGCUCCGAUCUCCAACAAAUUUUAAUUGAUUUAUAGUAUGAUUUUUUUCUUCAUAUUUUCAUAACUUAAUGUUUAAUUUUUUAAAUAACUAUAUAUUUAGAUAGUUGUAUUCAUAACUUUUGAUCUUGAACUCUUUAAUAAAUAUAUAAUUUUU